GCCAAGUGCAUGUUACCCUUUGCGGCUCCGAGCACUUCCCCGUCCUCCUGUGCGCAGUCCCUGAGCCUCUCUCCCUGGAUCUUACUGCUCAAGAAGCUGUUCUGGAAAUGGAGCAAUAACUGCUGAAGUAACUUCUGCAAGGCCCAGGAGUUCCAGAGUACAGUACACAUACACACGUUGUCCAGAUUCCCCAAAUUGGUCAAGUCUAAAUGUGAUGGCUGUGCUGUCUGCUCCUUCGAAGUUGCUGGGAGUGCUCCUGACCUUUUCCUUAGGCUUCAUCAGGCUUGUUCAGUCGGGUGCUUACUAUGGGAUCAAGCCGCUGCCACCUCAGCUCCCACCACAAAUUCCACAAUACCAGCCCCUGGGCCAGCAAGUACCUCACCUGCCUUUGGGCACAGAUGGCCUUAGCAUGGGCAAGGAGAUGCCUCACAUGCAGUAUGGCAAAGAGUAUCCUCAUCUAUCCCCAUACAGGAAGGAAAUGCAGCCAAUGCCAAGAAUGGGCAAGGAAAUGGCACCCAAGAAAGGCAAAGCGGAAAUACCAGUAGCCAGUUUACGAGGAGAACAAGGUCCCCGAGGAGAGCCUGGCCCAAGAGGACCACCUGGGCCUCCAGGUUUACCUGGUCAUGGGAUUCCUGGAACCAAAGGAAAACCGGGGCCACAGGGAUAUCCAGGAAUUGGGAAACCCGGUAUGCCUGGGAUGCCUGGAAAGCCGGGCACCAUGGGAAUGCCUGGGGCAAAAGGUGAAAUCGGACCCAAAGGGGAGAUUGGACCCAUGGGCAUACCAGGCCCACAGGGACCUCCAGGCCCUCAUGGGCUUCCAGGCAUUGGGAAGCCAGGUGGGCCAGGAUUACCAGGGCAGCCAGGUGUCAAGGGUGAGCGAGGACCCAAAGGACCCCCAGGCCCUCCAGGUCUCCAGGGUCCUAAAGGAGAAAGGGGUUUCGGGAUGCCCGGUUUGCCCGGCCUGAAGGGGCCUCCAGGGGUGCACGGCCCCCCUGGCCCCGUGGGCCUUCCAGGGGUGGGUAAACCGGGAGUGAUAGGCUUCCCUGGUCCCCAAGGUCCCCUGGGAAAGCCAGGUCCACCGGGUGAACCUGGGCCACAAGGCCCUAUAGGGGUGCCAGGAGUUCAAGGCCCUCCUGGGAUGCCUGGAAUUGGAAAACCAGGCCAGGAUGGGCUCCCUGGGCAGCCAGGAUUUCCUGGGGGCAAAGGGGAGCAAGGGCUACCUGGGUUGCCAGGACCUCCAGGCAUUCCCGGGAUUGGGAAACCAGGCUUCCCAGGUCCCAAAGGUGACAAGGGCAUAGGGGGGCUGCCAGGGCCUCUUGGGCCCAGAGGGGAGAAAGGACCCGUAGGCCCCCCUGGAAUAGGGGGUCCUCCAGGAGAGCCAGGAUUGCCUGGACUGCCAGGCCCCAUGGGCCCUCCAGGCGCUAUCGGUUUUCCAGGACCCAAAGGAGAAGGAGGGAUUGUAGGGCCCCAGGGGCCACCAGGAGUCAAGGGGGAGCCCGGACUUCAAGGCUUCCCAGGGAAGCCAGGUUUCCUGGGAGAAGUGGGGGCCCCAGGCAUGAGAGGAUUGCCAGGCCCCUUAGGGCCCAAGGGAGAAGCUGGACACAAAGGUUUGCCCGGGCUCCCCGGGGCUCCAGGUCUUCUUGGACCAAAGGGAGAGCCAGGAAUCCCAGGAGAUCAAGGAUUACAGGGCCCCCCAGGCAUCCCAGGCAUCGCAGGCCCUAGUGGCCCCAUUGGGCCUCCUGGAAUUCCAGGUCCCAAAGGGGAACCAGGCCUCCCUGGACCCCCUGGGUUCCCAGGUGUAGGGAAGCCAGGAGUGGCAGGUCUGCACGGCCCCCCUGGGAAGCCAGGAGCUCUUGGGCCUCAAGGCCAGCCUGGCCUUCCUGGGCCCCCAGGACCUCCAGGCCCCCCAGGUCCCCCAGCUGCGAUGCCCCCAACACCAUCGGCCCACGGAGAAUAUCUGCCAGGUGUGGGGCUGGGAAUUGAUGGAUUGAAGCCCCCUGAUGCCUAUGGAGCUAAGAAAGGCAAGAAUGGAGGCCCUGCCUAUGAGAUGCCCGCAUUCACCGCGGAGCUCACAGCUCCCUUCCCACCUGUUGGGGCACCCAUCAAGUUUGACAAACUGCUCUAUAAUGGCAGACAGAACUACAACCCACAGACGGGCAUCUUCACCUGCGAGGUCCCUGGGGUCUACUACUUCGCCUACCACGUCCACUGCAAGGGGGGCAACGUGUGGGUGGCCCUGUUCAAGAACAACGAGCCUGUGAUGUACACAUAUGACGAGUACAAGAAAGGCUUUCUGGACCAGGCCUCGGGAAGUGCCGUGUUGUUGCUCAGACCCGGAGACCGCGUGUUCCUCCAGAUGCCCUCGGAACAAGCUGCAGGGCUGUACGCCGGGCAGUAUGUCCACUCCUCCUUUUCAGGAUAUUUAUUGUAUCCCAUGUAAAAAAAAAAAAAAGAAAAGAAAAGA